AUGACUUUGGACGACAGUACAUUUGACAUUAUUACCGGUGAUGAAUCUCCAGAUCUAACGUCUCUGGCAGUGUGGGAUCUUUCCUCCCUGUCUGAUAAUACAUCAACACCAGACAGCAGACGCAGCAUUAAUUGUGGCCAUGACUCGAAUUCGAAGAUGAGCCGUCGCAAAACGCGUACCCUCGCUCCAAACCUCACUCGACGCUCCCACACAAAGUCUCGUGGUGGGUGUUUCAGCUGUAAAAGCAGAAAAAUCAAAUGUGGAGAGCAAAAGCCCGCGUGUGGGAGCUGUCUCAUGAAGGGCAUCUCUUGUAUCUACCCACCGACUGAGCAACCAAUGCGAAAAUCAAAUCUACCACUGAUAAAGCGGAGUCCGAAUGUUUCGCCAUCAUUUUCGAAUGCAACCUUCUCGUUGCUCGACAUGCGCUUUUUCCAUCAUUUCCUCACCAUUGCCUAUCCUCACCUACCGAUAGACAAUGAUCACGUAUGGGUGAAUGAGAUCCCUCAAUUUGCGGAGCAGCACGAAUAUCUUAUGCACGCAAUCCUAUCCCUCGGAGCCUCGCAUCUUUCGCGACUCACAGGAGUCGAUUAUCGCCGCGAGUCUCUGGUCCAUCGAGGCCAUGCGAUCAGCGGACUCAACCAAGCCUUAUCCCAAACGUCACGAUCUUACGGAGAAAGCGACGCAAUGCUCGCCUCCUGCUAUGCACUCACUUUCCAAGCUUCAUAUAUGGGCGAUGGCCUUGCUGAUUUCAUUACCAUGGUCAGGGGAUGCGCUCUAACUACCGAGAAAAUCCACCAAGACCACUCACCUACAGCGUUCAACCUGCAGCCCGAGUGGCACUUCAAAUUCAUGGCACCGCGCCUGAUGAACCUACCCGGGGUAGAUCCCAUCCUUCUCGAAGAAGGCUACAUGGCGCUCGAAAACAUCCGUCCAUUCAUCACGACGGAUACAGAAAUCGACUUCCAUGCGGCGCUCAUCGAUGUCAUUGCCUCCCUUCAAGCCUCUUCUGCCUCCGGCUAUCUGCAAUUCGUUGGUGUCUAUGGUGUAUGGUAUGAGCUCUGCCAUGACGCUUUCAAAACCUUCCUCGACCCGAACAAUCUCAUGGCUCAGCUAUUGCUGGCAUACUUCGUCGGCGUCCAACUACUAAUGGUGCCCCUCGCCGCGGCGGAAUAUCCCAAUCGCGCGGACAUCUCACGUGUGCGGGUCCUCUUCGGCACCAUCGAGUGGGCAGAAGGUAUUUUCGAGCGACUGGAAGCAAGCGAUUCAGAGCUCAAGCACCAUCUCGAGUGGCCGAAGAGUAUUGCUCGCACGGUCGUUGCGGAGAUCAAUGGUGAUGUGCUUCAUCUACCGCCAGUGCUGCAAUUGCACUUGUCGAACCCGGAGAUAUCACCUCAAAGUACAAUGCUAGGAGGCCUGGCCUGA